CAAAACGAAACUCUAAGUUUAUCAUGGCGUACAAAUUCGGGAUCCGUUCAUCUCUGACCUUGCUUGGUCUGCAAACAAGCAAGCAACAUUUAGGAAUCGCGAGAAAAGGUUUAAUUCGCAUGCAGCAAACGCGCGCUGCAAUGGAAAACGUCGACACGAAAUCAUACGACCAAAUUCCAGGGCCGAAGGGCCUGCCACUAGUUGGAACACUUUUUGACUACGUUCGAAAUAAGGGUCACACAAGAGUGCAUGAAAUUCAGGCCGAGCGAGUUCAAGAAUAUGGAGAGAUUUAUCGGGAGAAACUCCUUGGUCUGGAUACUGUAACCAUCUCCAACGCUGACGAUGUUCAGUAUUUGUUUCGAAACGAAGGAAAAUACCCCCAAAGGGAACCUCAGUUUCCUCUAUGGAUGAAAUAUAAAGAAGAACGGAAACAGGCCCACGGAGUGUUCAGCUUGUAAGUUCACUUUUCUGUUUAAGGAUAUGGUCCUCUGAGUCUUAAAUUUGCAAGAGUUUCAUGCUUCCAAUUUUUCCUCAUAGCAUCACUGCUGAAUCAAACAUUUAGUUAGAGGUUCAUGAGAAGAAGCUCUUAUUUGUUACACAAAUUCUCCAUGUCAAAACCGUGAAAAUGUAUAGAGAACGGUAUGGAGAAUAUAAUACCUGAUGCGAGGGCAAGAAAGAAUUAUCAACCAUGGAGGCUUGGUUCUUCUAUCUUUACCCACUGUAGAGUGUCUAAACUCUUCCAUUUAAAGUCGAAAUUGACUGCAGUAUGGGUGGGGGUACUACAGAUCCCAGGGAUUGCCUGGAGAAACAUAGAUUUAGCUUAGAAGGGGCUGGGGCCCCUAUGAGCAGGUUUUCCUGGUGGAAGCUUCUUUUGAGGUCUCAGUGGACUAUUUUCCUGAGAAAAUUUAUGUUAGAUACUACAGUUUCCCCAGCCUCAUGGCCCUACUGUCUUUGUAAAGACUAAUGUCUCUGUUGGUACACUGCAUCCUUUUUUUUUGCUCCCAAUGCACUAAUUGGAAACAAUGGUCACAUCAGCUCAUCAGUAUCAGCGUAAGGUGUCUUAAUCAAAAAAUACCUGUUAAUUUAAUAGCUAUUCAUUCAAAUAACUAGCCACAAAAAUGGCAUAGAUUGUUAAGCAAUUACAUAAACUCAAAAUAUGUGUGUUUUUUGGCUAAAUCAACAGACAAAGAAGGACUCACUGCUCAUUUGUUUCCUUGAAAAAGCUUUCCAUGCCUUUUUUACCAAAGAAAAAAACUUGCUUGUUUCUUCAUGUGUGGCACAUAGUGGAAUGAUGGCUGCAUAUUAUCCUGAAUUUCAUUGUUUUGAGAAUUCUCUCUCUUUGUUGUUCAAAUUUUUGAAAUUGUGUAGAGAUGCUAGUGAUUUAUGAAAUAAACUUCAUUUAGGGCACCUGCAGUAGUGGCAUUUGAGAUAUGUUACAUAGGUUUGGAUAGAUAUUUUCAUAAAGACAGAGUACUGUACAGUCAUAAACUCAUUAUGCUGAGUCUUAUUCAUGCAACAAGCAUCAAUAUUGUCAUACAAUGAUUAUGGACAACAGAUAUGAUACAUUUAAUUCAUUGAUGACUUAAGAGAUGCAUUAGGUUGAAAGUUGUUAGUCUUAGCCCUCUGCAUGGGUCAUCAUUACCUAUGCUGCCUCUCUACUGACACAGGCUUUCAGACAGUAUGCUGGGAGGGACUUGGGGUGAGAAAAGAGGGCCAACUUCCGAAGAGUGAAGAAUUUCUGCCUAUUGCAUACUUCAUGCCACAGGAAAUUGAAUGAAUCCUCUCAGCAAAGCCAUUUAACAUCAUCAGUUACAUUUCUCUAUUGGUAUUUGUAAGGGUCAUCAUGAUUUAGCCCUUUGGCCCCAUGAGAGUGACUAAUAUCUAAUUUCUCCUCACAAUAUCACCUCUAAGUCACACAUUAAGGUCACAGGAAUAAAGAAAAUGAUCACCAACUUAAGACACUCUUGAUUGUUACACAAAUUCUCCUUGUCAGCACUUUAGGAAAUGUACAGAGAACAGUAUGGAGAGAGUGUGUCCUGGUGUUAAGAGUGUUAAGGAUUUAAGAAAAUCUUGACUGAGUCAUAUCGGGUUUUUGUAUGUUGUAAAUUUUGCUUUUUAAAUGUAAUUUCAGUCUUCUUAAAAAUUAACACAUUAUAUUAAGACUUUAGCCACAACUUAGUCAUAAGAUUUUGGUAAAUGGGUGUUGAGGAUGUAGCAUAAUGUUGCUAUGAUGAAUUAGUCUUGUUACAGCCAGACACAAACUUUACCCCCAGUUAAGGCUCAUAUCCAUAUCUCUGGAAGCAGAGUCUAGCACACUUUGCUUUAAAUUAGUGCACCUCAUCUAUUGAUCAGAAACUAUGGUAACCAUAAUUAUUGAAAGUAUUUAUUGCCUAUUUGUGCUAAAACCAGAUUUUUUUGUUCUGGUACCUUAAAUAUGUACAGCAGAUGGUUUAUGGGGGUGUUUUUAGAGUUAUUGAUGCCAUAAUGGCACCACACUUACUAAUACCUGCAAUAAAUCAUUGAUGGAACACUAAAAAUUUAUCUUCUCGUCCAUACACAAAUAGUAAAUUUCAGUCAUUAUUAAAACAUUAAUAAUUUUUUUUUGGUGAGGCAGACAAGGAGAGGAUUGGUUUAAAGUUCGUCGAGUGUUGAACAUGAAAAUGCUGAAACCUAAAGUUGUUGGUGAAUACUCAAAACCACUAAAUGAUGUCAUAUCUGACCUGUUACAUCGGACUAAACAGACACGUGAUAGUGAUGGUGGCAUUCCAGACAUUCAACAGGAACUCUUCAAAUGGUCUUUGGAAUGUGAGUGUUAAUGAAAAAAUAUUUGCAAAGUUUAUCCUCUGCUUUACAAAGUAUUAGAUUUCUCGAAGGUGGCGGUCUGGUCAAAGAAAAAAAAAACAGGUAAAGCAAGUGCGUCUAGUGCGCAGUUUAAAUUCGCUCCAAAAGUUCAGUAAAUGAACAAUUGGUUCAAGCGUCGGUAUGCGUUUAUUGAGGUAUGAAGCACGCGGAAAGAUUGGAAAGCACGAAGAAUGCGUGACAGUUCCUCGAGAUGGAGCCGUGAGCACCUUUAACUUCUUGCGUGCUCUCUAGACUUUACAACUGCUUCAUGUGUCGAUGAAGUCACAGCUAACGCCCAACUUUAACUUGAAAACGUUGAAAAACCAAGAUCCUUAGAUUUAAACAUGGAUUGUGACUUGCUGACUCGGUAUUAAAAUUGAAAAUAAUGUCAACGAGAUGUCGUGUUCUUUCAUACUGCAGCGGUUGGCGCGGUCCUUUUUGAAACAAGAUUUGGCACCUUUGGCAAAUCGCCGUCACCAGAAGCUGCCAAGUUUAUUGAAGCAGUGGGUAAAAUGUUCAAUCUGAUUCUGAAGGUAUAUGUUAUACCUCUUUGGAUUGACAAAUUCUACAGACCAAAGAGCUUUCGAGAAUUUUACGACUGCAUGGAUGUGAUGUACGACUUUGGCAACAGCUGUAUCGAAAACAAGUUGAGCGAAAUUCGCAGAAGACUGGAAAAUGGAGAAGAACAGGAUGAAGAUGCAGCGGAGUUUUUGAGUUUUCUGAUCAGCAGAGAUGACAUCAGUUCCACAGAAAUAACUGCAAACUUGGUGGAGAUAUUGAUGGCUGCUGUGGAAACGGUAUGGAAUAAUAAUCGCCAUGUUUUAAACAAGAAGUAGAUUGGUACGAAAAUCUUGAAUUAAUUGGAUUUUACAUGCAUGAGCGAUCAUACCUGACCGUAAAGAGCUCUGUUGGAAUUCCCCUCCCGUCUUAGGAGAACGCCAUGGAGACAUUGAGUAGAGAUAACAUCAAAUUACCUUAAUAUAUCUACAAAGAAACGUUUGACAUGAAUUGGACGAAUUAUACAAGUAUCUGUCAGAUUAAUUCAACAAGGGGCGCCCGUGACUGGAAAACCAGAACGCGAACUUUAAUUGAAUAAUUAAACUUAUUUUUUUGUGAUCCCCAGACGUCAAACACAAGCCUGUGGACUUUAUAUCUGCUUGCCCGAAAUCCUUCUGUACAAAAGCAGCUUCAUGAAGAGGUUAGCGCAGUUCUUCAACCAGGUGAACUAGCAACUCCUACAACUUUACAAAAAAUGCCUUUUCUUAGAGGAUGCGUCAAGGAAACCUUAAGGUACUGUGGCAAUUUAUUUCAGUUUUAUGCUGUGUGUUGCUAUGCUAACAGAUACACCGGCAAAAACUGCAACUGUAAUAUUUUUGUAUUCGUGAAAAUCUUUCUUACGGUUGGAUAUUGACUCGACAACCUUUAUACUUUCCAAACUGACCCUAGCUUUUUUCCUGAUACGAGGAUUAUUAUUUGCAGCGAUGAAUUGAUAUCUUCUACUUUUUAUAAAAUGGCAACUGCUUUGAUGUAAAUUUAUCCAGGCUUUAUCCAGUCGCUACGGAAAACGCUCGCAUGCUUCAGGAAGACAUCGUCAUUCAGGGCUACCGCAUACCACCAAACGUGAGUCAAUACCACUGCUACAAGGAAUAUAACUAAGAAGUGGUGUGUUUUGUGGUGUUUAAAAUAAACAAAAUCGUUCGACUCUUUGAACAUUGUAAUAUUAGGAGAAAAUUGAAGUCAUCAGGUUUCCGCGAUUUCUUUCUUCAGAAUUUUUUUACUAACUUUUCAGCCACGGUUUUUUAAUGGAUCAUCCAGUGUAUAAAGUUUAAACGAAAAUUUCGAGUAGUUCUGUUAAAGUUGAUAAGCUGGGUCAUUGAACUGACGUGGUGGCCGCAAAUUGUCUUGUUUACCACUCCUGUGCGGUCUUUGAUUCGCUCAAUCUUCUAUUUUAUUUUGGGUAAAAAACAGACGAUGAUACGUGUUCCACUGUAUGCAAUGGGUCGUGAUCCAGCACUGUUUGAUGAUCCUUUGGAGUACAAACCUGACCGGUGGCUGAGGGAUGACACGAGCAAGUCCCAUUAUCAUGCGUUCGCCUCGCAACCUUUUGGAUUUGGCACCAGGAUGUGCCUUGGUAAGAAAGAGGAGCUUUGAACUGGGAGUUCUUAAGUAACAGUCUCAUUUGGAAAUUAGGAGCAUAUCAGGUUUUGUAUUGUUAAUUGUGACUUUUUCAUUCCGGGGAGAAGAUUUGCGGGGGGGUGUGGGGGGGGAUUUCUAUAUCUACCCCCUCGAAGCAGUAGCGUGCAUGAUAACCAGCAAAAUGUAUUUCUAUUCCUCAUUCCAUAAUAUUUGCGAGAGUGUUACUGAUACAUGUAAGAGUGUAGAUCGCGAAAUUUCAGUUUUGAUGUAUUAAACGCUGUUUUUUGUUAAAAAUCGUUGGAAAACAUAAUUUACAUUUAUAUGAAGUGUGUCUGGUCAUAGACCCCUGUAAUAUUAACAGUAUACGAAGUUCAUUCAAAACAUCUAGUCCCUUCACUGUUCGAGGAAAUUUAGAUCUUUCCUUUAUCAAAUCGCUUAUCAGCGAAUUUCCAAAGAAAAGAGCUUCCCAAGUUACACUCUACAGGCUUUUUUUUAGGAAAAUCAACUUCCUUUCUAAACAAGAGUACUAGCCAUUUUCUGAGGUGAUACCAAUGAAUUGGUUGAGCGCGAUCUUGAGGAUUUUUUAUUUGUAAUGCAUUUAAAUUUUUUCCUGAGCAUUUUUUGUCUUACUAGGUCGCCGUGUGGCAGAACUGGAAAUGCAUCUUCUUUUAUCUCGGGUAAGAUUUUUAAACCUGACAGUCGAUUUUCUUCUUUGGUAUUUAAUACGCCUUUUCUUAUUGUUUGUAUUUUUUUUUGUGGUGUUCUUGGGUCUCUAUGAACACGAGUAAAGGCAAUUUUUUGGCUUUGUAUCUGUAUAAAAAAAUACCUUCCUAUCUUGAAUGUUUCCUAAAAAUCUGACAAACAAAAACAACUGAUCAGUGCGGUUUUUUUUUAUGUUGAUGGACCGAAACCGGUUGUAAAAUUUGUUUGUAGAACGCUUGAAAUAAUUACCUAUUUGUUAGCAGACAUGUGACAGAGCAACGCUCAAUGACUUUUUGCAACACGUUAUCAAAGUUAUUUUGGUUUUAUCCUCUUCUAAUUACAUUGUGCAUUAUUUACUUUGUUCCAUCAGGUGUCGCAGAACUUCUGGCUUGAGUCGCUUAAUGAAGUGAAACCAAGGAUCACUGCGCUUCUUGUCCCGGACGGAGAAGUCAAAUUGAGAUUUAUUGACCGCUGAUAUCAAACGGACCUUAAAUGCAAUAUACCAGCACAUCUGUUGCGUUUGAAUUGAAACCUCAAUUUCAUCUGAUAAUUAGAGAUAAAAUCUGAAAAUUAAGGCCACUGUUUAGGUGGUCUUGAUUAGUUGGCGUAAUCUGCGUAAUCAAGUGAAUCGAAUGGACGUUUUCGAUUUCUUCGAAUUUAAAAAGUCUUAUUCAAGUGAAUCGAAUGGACGUUUGAUCGAAAAUUUUAAUUGAUUUGUGAGUAUGCAGGUUUUUUUUUUUUGAUUUGCUGGCUCUAUGAGUCACUUUUCAUAUUGCGCUGCACAUGAUUCAAGUACAGAACAAAGAGAGAGUUAAAAUUUACCUUAAAAAUCAUCUCUAAUCUAUAAAAACAUUCGCUCUCAGAACUUUAUUAGAAAUAUUCCUCAGUGCUUGCU